AAUUACUUUUUCCUUUAUGAUGGUUCAAAGGUUAAGGAAGAAGGAGAUCCUACAAGUGCUGGGAUUUGUUAUUUUUAUCCUUCUCAGACUCUCCCCGACCAGCAGGAACUGCUGUGCGGACAGAUUGCCGGAGUGGUGCACUGCAUGACUGAGAUUUCUGGAGUUCCUCCAAGUCUCAUUCGCCUGAGGAAGCUCAAGUUUGCAGUUGUAGUGGAUGGAGACUAUCUGUGGGUUCUGGGCUGUGCUGUUGAGCUCCCUGAUGUCAGCUGUAGACGGUUUCUGAAGCAGUUGAUCAGCCUCUUCACCUUCUACAAUGGACCUGUGCACCGUGCGUACAUGGAAUUUUCUCAGGAGGAACUGAGCAGGCAGUGGGACAGGUACAUUGAACAUAUCCAAAAAAACACCAGUGACCUCCACAAGAUUUUCAAUUCUCUCUGGAAUCUGGACAAAACCAAGGUGGACCCCCUGCUUUUACUGAAAGCAGCUCUCAUCUUGCAAACUUGCCAGCGGUCUCCCCAUGUCUUGGCAGGCUGCAUUCUCUACAAAGGCUUGAUUGUGAGCACCCAGCUGCCACCUCCUCUCACUGCCAAAGUUCUCCUCCAAGGCAAUGAGUCUCCAGGCCAGAGUGAGCCUGGAGGUGAGGAGCAGCAGGAGCCUGAUUCUCCAUUGCCGCAGGGUGUCUGUAUCAUUCCGGUAUUCCUAACAGAAGAUGAAGUCUUAGUGCUCCGAGACUUUCCAGUGGAGUGGAUGACUAGGUCAUCUGUGUCCCCAGCAAGCCCUAGAGGAGAGAAGAAUGCUGUCUGCUCCCAGGCAGUUUCAGAAUCAAUGGGAGUUCAUGAAAACCAAGACAUGAAUAAUAUUUCUGUGCAGGAGUCCCCUGAGCAAGCUUCAAGCACAGCUGCACCAGAAGAUGCUGUUCCAUCAGGCAGCCUUGCAAACACUGGUCCUUUGAAGGGCUUCCCCGAAAUGGAAGCCAGUACCAAGAAUUCUCCAAGGGCAAAACUGAGUAGACCAGACAGCAAAAGCUCAGAGCUCAGUAGAAAUGUGUCCUUCCCAUCAGAGAGACAGAUGAAGCAGCUGCUGAGCCCUUCCACACUCCAUACUGCUGAAUAUGCUCAAACUAUAGGUCGAUAUCUGGAAGGAUUUUCUUUUCCAAACCCUUAUGCCAGGGAGCAGGAGAGUCAGAACAUGGGGAAAUCCCUUGCGGACUCUGAUGUUGAGCAACGCAGUUUCCAAAGUUAUCAUGCAGCCAGUGACAGUUCAGCUAUUUGCUCUCCUGCCCGAGAGUUGAGCAGAAGGAAAUCAAGUGAGCAAGAUGAGCAAGGGACUAUGAGCCAAAAUAGCAUCUCUGGAGAAAGCCGCGGUGCAGCUGAUGGCAAUGGGUGGGGUUUGGAUUGUCCAGCCACUGCUGCACAAUCAGAGCUCCAAAGCAGGAGGCAGCUGCCAGCUGUAGAGGUCCAGGAGAGUCUGCCCAGUGGCCCAGCAGAGAACACGCACUGUCCCAGGAGCAGGGAGCGUGGCUGGCCACCUCAGGUGGAUGGUCUGGCAGCCCAGGCUGGCGUGGAAUCAGGCAAACAGUGCAAACUAGUUAAGAUGAGCUUGUAUGUUCACUGCGUUAAGGGGCUUGUGCUCUCUCUUCUGGCUGAAGAUGACCUCCGAGAGGACCAGAGCUCCAUUGAAGAUGUGUACCACAGCAGUCUGGCUUCUCUAAAUGGCCUCGAGGUUCAUCUGAGGGAAACUCUUCCCAAAGACUCCUCAUCCUCAUCCAAGACAACCUACAGCUUCACUCACUAUGACUGCAUUCAGAACAUACUUACGGCCAACCUGCCCCACACACCUGGUCCUCUGGAUCGGCACUUCCUGAGAGCUGCUACACUGAUCCACUCCGACUUCAGCCAGCUUCCGACUGCUUCAGAAGUGAUCAUUAGGAACGCCUCCACGGCCGUGUACGCCUGCCGAAACCCCGUCCAGGAAACCUACUUCCAGCAGCUGGGUACUCCGCUCCGCAACUCGGGUGUUCCCAACCCUCACGACAGUGCGUUCAGCUUGCCAAGCAAGGCAAAGCAAAAGCUGCUGAAGCAUGGAGUGAACCUGCUUUGA